CGCUCUCUGUGUAACCUUAUCCUUCGGUGCCCCUACCACAAACCCAAACUUGCCGUCGUCGCGUCGCCUUGCGCUCCACCAAGACAGACGGCGCCGCUCCACUGCGUGUACGUCUGCGUCCGCAUAUAUUUAUCGAGGUGGCGAACACGCGCUAUCUACCCAGCUAGGACGAUGGGCUACAUGAGUCCGGUCGUGGCGGCGCUCCUGACGGUGGCGGUACUGGCCGCGAGAGCCAACGUGUGCGCAGCGCAGCUCCGGCGGGACCAUUAUGCCGGCGUGUGCCCCGACGUCGAGGCCAUCGUCCGGGGCGCCGUCGCCAAGAAGUUCCAGCAGACCUUCAUCACCGUCGGCGCCACCGUGCACCUCUUCUUCCACGACUGCUUCGUCGAGGGGUGCGACGCGUCGGUGCUGAUCGCGUCCACGGCGAACAACACGGCGGAGAAGGACAGCACCGCCAACCUGUCGCUCGCCGGCGACGGCUUCGACACGGUGAUCAAGGCCAAGGCGGCCGUCGACGCCGUGCCACGAUGCAGGAACCGGGUCUCCUGCGCCGACAUACUAGUCAUGGCCACCAGGGACGCCAUUGCACUGGCCGGUGGGCCGUCGUACGCGGUGGAGUUGGGACGGCUGGACGGGCUGAGCUCGACGGCGAGCAGCGUUCCCGGCAAGUUGGCCCCGCCGACGUCCAGCCUCGACCAGCUAACGGCGCUCUUCGCCACCAACGGGCUCUCGCAGACCGACAUGAUCGCCCUCUCCGGAGGACACACGGUGGGGCUGGCUCACUGCAGCACGUUUGCGGGGCGGCUGCGGCCGACAGCCGACCCGACGCUGAGCCCGCGGUUCGCAGCCCAGCUGCAGGCGUGGUGCCCACCCAACGUGGACCCACGGACCGCCGUGCCCAUGGACACAGUAACGCCGCGGGCUUUUGACAACCAGUACUUCAAGAAUCUUCAAGGCGGAAUGGGCCUACUGAGCUCGGAUCAGCUGCUGUUCACCGACCCGAGGUCCAGGCCUACCGUCGACGCGUGGGCCCGAAGCGGUGCCGCGUUCGACCGGGCCUUCGUGGCGGCUAUAACAAAGCUGGGCCGCGUCGGAGUCAAGACCGAUGCGUCCCAGGGGAACAUACGUCACAAUUGUGCAGCGUUCAACUGAAUUUUAUUUUUAUCCAACUCCUAUUGCUCUGCCAUUGUCCACAAAUGAAUGAGGAAUAUAUAUAUAUCAAAAUUAUUGCUCGA